AUGGCAUCUCAAACUCUGUUGGUUGACUUCCCAGCGGUUAUCAAGUCCAAAGUUAUGGAAAACCUUGAUGUUUUUUCGAUUUUGAAACUUCGAAAAGUUUGCCACAACCUCCGCGAAUUUAUCGAUCAACAGCCACCCAAAACUAACGACACAGUGAUCCAUCUCGAUUUGAAAGGUAAUUUAAUUGGAAUUGGUUUCAAAGCUCCACGGAGAAGAUAUAUAACUUACGAACAGAAGGAAAAUGAUUGUUUAGUGUCGUCCUCGACUAAUGAAAAAUCGGAAGUUUUCAAAACCACUCAUUUCGUCGAUGUAUUUUUGAAAGAAUUCGAAAUAAUUAUGAAGCAUCAUUGGACGCCGGUUCUGGAUUCUGUUGGAGUGGAUAUAGAUGAAGAAGCAGAAUGCGAGAAGCUUUAUGAAAUGUUGAACAGAUUAAAAUGCCUUCAUACCAAGGAAGUCAACUUUUCUUGGUGCAAUCUAUCCGUAAUUGCCAAUAGCUUACCAUUUUUCGACGCAAAAUAUUUGGAUGAAAUUGUCAUGGAAGAGUGUGUCAAAGACAAAAAUAGUAAAGACCUCAACAAAAUCACCGAAACAAAACAAUGGAAAUCAGCAAGAAGUGUGAAAUUUCAAGGAGAGGAUUUCGAUCUUAAAAUUCAAGAUUUUAUUCAUUUUUCGGAGGCUGUGAUUGAAUGCAACUCAAUGCCAACACAUGAUAUUAUUUUACUAAAAGAGAGUUUCCUGUCGACCCUAACAUUGACUAAUUUUAAUAUCAAGGCCGAAAACUUUUUGGACGAAAGAGAUGAAAUCCGUAUGGCUUUUGGACAUUCUUCUCUUCCUGUAGUGAACGACGACGAGGACGACGUAGAUCAAAAAUGGUUCUUCCGGGUUCCAGAUAGCGAGAAGCUUUUGAGUAUUACUUUUACUACGGAAGAUCGGUUCAUUUUCCAAAGAAUCGGAAUUCAAGAUGUUCCAAAAGGUGCUGUAAUUAAAUCCUGA